AAUUUUUUGGUCAUUUAUCGUCUCUUUCUCUCGCCGUCGCCGCACAUCUCGUUCGUUUUUUUCAACCAAUACUAGCUUCUCAACAGUGAGCAGAGCAGUGGACGAUCGAUCAUGGGUCAUUCCAACGUGUGGAAUUCUCAUCCGAAGAAAUAUGGUCCAGGGUCUCGCACCUGCCGUGUGUGUGGAAACUCGCAUGGAUUAAUCCGCAAGUAUGGUCUCAACUGCUGCAGACAGUGCUUCCGUAGCAACGCCAAGGAAAUCGGUUUCAUUAAGUACCGUUGAUGAUCCAUGUUGUUUACACAGGAGCAUCGUGUCUUUUGGGUUUUUUUAAAAACUUUAAGCUUUUGAUCUUGUAAUUGAUUUAUCUUGCAUUGAACUAAUCUGACAAGCCUUUUUAGCUCUUGAAUCUAUGAAUUACCUUCUUUGACUA